UAUCAGCACGAACUAUCAAACUGUUUAGUUUCUAGCCACAGCUUACGUCUACAGCUAACAUCAACAAUCGAUAUUCACAAACGCACUUAAAUUGUGACACGGUAUUCUCAAAAAAGAGAAGGGAAAGUCGAAAGUAAAUUUUCUUGUGUAGCUACACAGGCGAAUUUAUACCGCUGUUAUUGUUUUGUAAGAUAAACUUACAGUACACUCUUCAAUAUGUCUGAGAAUAAAAAGAAAAGAAAACAGAGAAAAAAGGAAAAACCAAAGAAGGCGAACAAAAUGAGGACUGCUCAACACGAGGAAGAAGAAGGAAGCAAACGUCUCCCCCAUAGCGGGCCCGGGGAUGAUUCUCUGCUUCUUGCUGUAAGGACCGGCACCUUCCAGGAUGUUGAGAGAGUUCUGAAUUCACAAGAAGAUGGCGACGUUUGUUCUCAGGCAGCCGUAGACCAAGCCUUGUGCAUCGCUUCUGCUCGUGGACACGUCCUGUUCGUGACGUCACUGCUGGCCGCGGGGGCUGACGUCAACUGGAGGGACCAGGAAAACAACACGUCACUUUUGUUUAGCGCCGAGCGGCGGUUCGUGCACAUCGUCAGGCUACUGGUCGGCGCAGGUGCAGACAUCAAUGUCAGGAACCCAGAAGGUGCCACGCCUCUAAUGCUAGCUAUCCACACAUCAGGCUCCAGCGAUCUUGCGCGCUUGUUGGUCAUGGGCUCCAACGUCAACAUCAAGGACAACAGCGGCAGAACGGCUUUCAUGAAAGCCAUAGAAGCAGGAGACGUUGACACAAUUCAGUUGUUGCUCAAAUCUGGCGCGUCGCUCAAAGAUUGCGAUAAUAAUGGACACACCAUCAUCGACAUCGCUAAAAAAUAA